UUUAUUCAUCACUUCGGGACGCACUUCACAUUCCUUUCUUACUCUGGCUGCUGUGUUUGCUGCUGCUGCGGAGGAGGAACUGUCCGUCUCCCUUAGGUUUUGGUUUCCAUGGCGACCACCGCUGUGUCUGUGGCGCAUCACCCCGGCAUCUCCUCAGCUCUGAGAGAUGGAGCCUCAUUGGCAUCAGGCUCAGGGUUCUACGGUGUCCGCGUUUCCGUUGCUGCUGCCCCGAAAACUUCUGUUGCCUCUGCGCACCGUGAUAUGCGGGUGCGAGCGGUAAUGGCUCCCCAGAAGCAGGAGCGCUCUCCUGCCUCCACUGGAGCUGUGAAACAGGCCAUGACAGCGACGGAGAAGAUUCUGGCAAAUGCGUCUGAAAAGACUAAGCUUGCGCCUGGAGAGAAUGUGUGGGUGAAGGCAGAUGUUCUCAUGACUCAUGAUGUUUGUGGCCCUGGAACCAUUGGUAUCUUCAAGAAAGAAUUCGGUCAAAAUGCUAAGGUAUGGGAUCGUGAAAAGAUCGUGCUUAUCCCCGAUCAUUACAUUUUUACCUCAGACGAACGAGCCAAUAGAAAUGUGGAUAUCCUACGUGACUUUGCUCGUGAGCAAGACAUCAAGUAUUUCUACGACAUUACUGAUAGGAGCAACUUUCGGGCCAAUCCAGAUUACAAGGGAGUUUGCCAUGUGGCUCUUGCGCAGGAGGGCCAUUGUCGCCCUGGAGAGGUUCUCUUCGGCACAGAUUCCCACACUUGCAAUGCUGGAGCGUUUGGUCAGUUUGCAACAGGGAUCGGUAACACUGAUGCAGGCUUUAUUAUGGGCACCGGCAAGCUCCUGAUUAAGGUUCCACCAACGUUGAGGUUUGUGCUCGAUGGAGAAAUGCCAAAGUACCUGUUAGCCAAGGAUCUCAUAUUGCAGAUUAUCGGUGAAAUAUCUGUUGCAGGGGCAACUUACAGAGCGAUGGAGUUUGUCGGCACUGCCGUUGAUGCUAUGACGAUGGAAGACAGAAUGACUCUGUGCAACAUGGUCGUGGAAGCUGGAGGCAAGAAUGGCGUUGUUCCUGCUGAUGCCACAACCGCGAAGUACUUGGAAGGAAAAACCUCAAAACCGUAUCAAGUUUUCACUAGUGAUGGAAACGCCAGCUUCUUACAAGAAUACAGAUUUGACGUCUCAAAGCUGGAGCCUCUUGUAGCCAAGCCACAUUCUCCAGACAACAGGGGUUUGGCUCGAGAGUGCAAGGAUGUUAAGAUUGACCGCGUUUACAUUGGGUCAUGCACUGGUGGAAAGACUGAAGAUUUCCUUGCUGCUGCAGAGCUUCUGGCAAUCUCAGGUCAAAAAGUGAAGGUGCCAACAUUCCUUGUGCCUGCUACACAGAAGGUCUGGAUGGACUUGUACUCUCUGCCAGUACCUGGAACUGAUGGAAAGACGUGUGCGGAAAUCUUUCAGCAAGCAGGUUGUGAUACUCCUGCUUCUCCCUCGUGUGCUGCUUGCCUGGGUGGCCCUCGCGACACCUACGCUCGCAUGAAUGAUCCUCAGGUUUGUGUUUCAACUACCAACCGUAACUUUCCUGGGCGAAUGGGACACAAAGAGGGGCAAAUAUAUCUUGCAUCACCUUACACUGCCGCUGCCUCCGCUCUCACAGGCUUUGUAACAGAUCCUCGUGAAUUUUUGUGAGAAGUAAAUAUUAGCCGCGUAUUGAGUUUGAGUCUCAUUUUGCUUCAACUUUUGAGGAGAGCAUGCGGAGCUUGUAAUCGGGCUUUUGGUUCAAUAAGUUCGGCAAUUGAAGUUGUUUGUUAAGUACCUGAAUUCCUGGGUUCUGGCAGUAUUCUAUUUUGCCUAAUUCUUUGUUUCGUGCAAUAGACCAUAUUUGCAGGAAA